AUGAGGUCAUCAGAGUGGGCCUCAUCCAACGUGACCGGUGUCCUUAAAAGGGAAAUCUGGAAAACAUGGAACGAUGACAUGAAGACACAGAGAAAACGCCACGCGAAGAUGAAGGAUGGGAGUUAUGCAUCUACAAGAGACACCAAAGAAUGCCAGCAAACUACCAGAAGCCAGAGAGGCAAGGAAGGACUCACCUACAGCCGUGUGGUUUUGCCAUGUUCUGUUCAGGAGUAUCAGGUUGGACAGCUUUACUCUGUUGCCGAAGCUAGUAAGAAUGAAACUGGCGGUGGAGAAGGAAUCGAAGUCUUAAAAAAUGAACCUUACGAGAAAGAUGGAGAAAAGGGACAGUAUACACACAAAAUCUAUCACCUAAAAAGCAAAGUUCCUGCAUUCGUGAGGAUGAUUGCUCCAGAGGGCUCCUUGGUAUUUCACGAGAAAGCCUGGAACGCAUACCCCUACUGUAGAACAAUUGUAACGAAUGAAUAUAUGAAAGAUGAUUUCUUCAUUAAAAUUGAAACAUGGCACAAACCAGACUUGGGAACAUUAGAAAAUGUACACGGUUUAGAUCCGAACACGUGGAAAACUGUUGAAAUUGUCCACAUAGAUAUUGCAGAUCGAAGUCAAGUUGAACCAGCAGACUACAAAGCUGAUGAAGACCCAGCGUUAUUCCAGUCAGUCAAGACCAAGAGAGGCCCUUUGGGACCCAACUGGAAGAAGGAGCUGGCAAACAACUCUGACUGCCCUCAGAUGUGUGCCUAUAAGCUGGUGACCAUCAAAUUCAAGUGGUGGGGACUGCAAAGCAAAGUAGAAAACUUCAUUCAGAAGCAAGAAAAAAGGAUAUUUACGAACUUUCAUCGCCAACUUUUUUGUUGGAUUGACAAGUGGAUUGAUCUGACAAUGGAAGACAUUAGGAGAAUGGAGGAUGAAACUCAGAAAGAACUAGAAACAUUACGUAAUCAAGGUCAAGUGAGGGGAACAAGUGCAGCCAGUGAUGAGUGAAGAAGAAUCUGACCGGUAUCUUGCAGUGUUGACGUUUCCCAGACGUGUGCUUGUGAUUAUGUACUCACGUGCACAGAUUCCCAACCACGUGUGUAUAUAUGUUUGUGUGUGUGUGUGUCUGUAGCUGUAUAUAAGACGCAUGUAGAGCUACAGAUCAAAACACACACACGUGUAUAUAUGUACAUACAAACAUACUGAAGGGAUUAGUACAAUUUCUCCAAAGUACUGUACCUAUCUUCAGCAAGAAUGCAAAAGAAAAUAUUUUCAAUAUAUAUACCUGGAACAGAUUUUAAUAAUUAUCAGAGUAAUACCAUUAAUGGACAAAUUGACUGCAAUGUAAUACUAGCUGGUAUGUUUCAUAAAUGUCGAAUUGUGGACCAAUAUGUGUGUGUGUGUGUGUGUGUGUGUGUGUGUGUGUG